AUGUCUAAUAUUACCAGCAAAGAAAUUUAUCAAUAUGAUGCACCUUGGGCAACGUAUGCUCUAGACUGGUGUACAUCACCUUCAGAAAAAAAAAACUUUCGACUUGCCAUUGGUAGCUUUAUAGAAGACAGUAGUAAUAAACUUCAAAUAAUUGCACGUACAGAUUUACUGGAUCAUAGUGAACCACCGUUCUUGGACCAGCAGAAAAAUUUGAAUGAUUUCACGCCUGUAGCUGAAGCUGACUCUUAUUAUCCUAUUACAAAAGUCCUCUGGGAGCCGCGUAAGGUAGUCAAAAUAUUCUCUAUAAGAAUCGAUCCUAGAAGCAACCAUGAUCUCUUAGCAACAACAGGCGAUAUAUUAAGAAUCUGGGAAAUAAUUGACGAUCCUCGUUACGGACAGAACCUUAGCCAUAGCCUUCAUCAAAAUAAUAGCCAAGUAUUGAUGCAGCAGCAAUUAGUAAAGAAAGCAGAGCUUGUCAACAUGAAGCAGUCUGAUUUUUGUGCGCCUCUGACAUCGUUUGAUUGGAACGAAACUGAUCCGUCACUAAUCGUUACCUCUAGCAUUGAUACAACAUGUACUGUGUGGAAUGUUGAAACAAAUCAAGCGAAAACUCAACUUAUUGCUCAUGAUAGUGAUGUGUACGACGUAGCAUUUAUGCAUGGCUCGGCCGAUACAUUUGCAAGUGUGGGCGCUGAUGGAUCCGUUAGACUGUUUGAUUUACGCUCACUGGAGCAUUCAACUAUAUUAUACGAGGCGCCACCCGCUGCUAAUAGUACUAGUUCGAGCAAUGCAAAUACUUCAACCACGACUAUUCCUCUUUUGAGGCUUCAAUUCAACCGGAUGAAUUCAAAUUAUCUUGCUACUUUCCACAUGGAUUCUUCGGCAGUACAAAUAUUAGAUAUCCGUUACCCUAGUGCGCCUAUAGCAGAAUUAUCAAAAAGCCAUAGUGGUAGCAUUAAUUGUUUAUGCUGGUCUCCUACAGAUGCCAAUCAGAUAGCUACAGGAGGGGAUGAUUCACAAGUACUUGUGUGGAAUAUAAAUAAUCAAAAUGGUAACAAUAAUCAGCAGCCAAUGACAGCACCAAGAAGUAUUACAGAUCCUACAUUAGCCUACGUGGCCGACGCAGAAGUAAAUGCUAUUACUUGGAGUAGAUCAGCGCCAGAAUGGAUUGGCAUAGGAUUUGGAAAGACGAUCCAAGCUUUAAGGGUAUAG